AUGUUCAGACUUACCAUCUGCGCCACACUCCUCGCCCUCACCGCCGCUCAGGUGCCAGUAGCUCCUCUGUACUCUGCGUGCAGUGCUGCUGUUCCAUGUGCCGCACCGGCUGUCUGCCAGGCUUCCGUCUGCAUUCCAACUGUAGCUGCUGCCCCACCAAUUCGUGGCUAUUUCCAGGUUGCCCCAGCUCCACUUCCAGCUUACGCUCCAGCAUAUGCUCCAGCUCCAAUUGCUGCUCCACUCCCAGCCUACGCUCCAGCUCCAGUCCUUGCUCCAGCCCCAGUUCUCGCUCCAGCCCCAGCUCCAGUCUUCGCUGCUCCAUUCGCUGCUCCACCAGCCCCAGUGAUCGCUGCCCAGCCACCACUCGGAUGUGCUGCCCCAUGCGUCGGAGCUGCUCAAUGUGUCUCCGGAGCCUGUGCCUGUGCUAAUCCAGCUGUCGUCUACUCUCCAGUCAUCGGAUGUCAACCAGCUAUCCCAGUCGCCCCAGCUCCAGUUGUUGCUGGACGUCUCAUCCCACAAGCUCUCCCAGGAUCCCCAUGUGAGCCAGGAGUCGAAUGCACAGGAGGAUCUGUCUGCUCCGUCGGAGUUUGCCUCUGCCCACCAGAGCUUAUCCAAGAAGGAACUGUCUGUGUUGCCCGUACCAUCUACGGAGUUGUCCCACCACCAGUCAUCCCAGUCGCCCCAGUCGUCCCAGUUGCACUCGGAGCCCCAUGUGCUGCCCCAGUCGCUAUUGCUGCUGCCCCAGCUUGUGUUCCAGGAGCUGUUUGCUCUGCUGGAAUCUGCCAAUGCGCAGGAGCUUACGAGCCACUCCAGGGAGCUUGCGUUCGCAGACGUCUCUAA